GUGUGUUCGAAACUGCCAUUCUCGAUGUCAUCAAGCAUGUUUCAUUUAAUGUAAAUAGUAAAGUACAAGUAUUUGAAGUAAAUAUUCGUGUAUUGGGAGCAUUGUUGGCUUAUGAUUUAAGCCAAAGGUUAUUACCGGCCUUUCAAAAUUCAAAAACAGGGAUUCCUUAUCCAAGA